AUACCUCUCCUGUUCUUUGACAAGGCAUAGACCGUAUCCUAUCAAUAAACCAGCGACCUGACCCGAAAAACAGGACAAUGCGUGGAAACAUCGUUGCUGCCGGAAGUGCUAUCGCCGCCAUGGGCGCUGUGGGCGUCAAUGCCGUCGAUCACCCUACCUUCAAGCCUACCGAGAUCCGGGCCCCAUUCUUGGAGCAAUUCACCCCCGACUGGACCUCGCGAUGGACCGUCUCGCAGGCUACCAAGCAGACCCCGGUUGGUGACGAGAUCAUGAGCUAUGUCGGCAAGUGGAGUGUAGAGGAGCCCGAGAUUGCCAAGGGUAUCGACGGAGAUGAGGGUCUCGUCAUGAAGUCAAAGGCUGCUCACCACGCCAUCUCGGCCGUGUUCCACGAGCCCAUUGACACCCUUCCCGAGCGAAAACCUCUCGUCGUGCAGUACGAGGUCAAGAUGCAAAAGGGACUCGAGUGCGGUGGAGCCUACUUGAAGCUCUUGACCGAGAAUCCGGGCGAGGGUAUCAGGGCCGGUGACGACUUCAAGGACGGAACCCCUUUCACCAUCAUGUUCGGUCCCGACAAGUGCGGUUCCACCAACAAAGUCCACUUCAUCUUCCGACACAAGAACCCUAUCACCGGUGAAUGGGAGGAGAAGCACCUCAAGAACCCUCCUACCCCCAAAAUCGGCAAGAACACCGCUCUCUACACCUUGAUCGUCAACCCUGACAACACCUACGAGGUCUUGAUCAACGACGAGAGCGCCAAAAAGGGUAGCUUGUUGGAGGACUUUGACCCUCCUGUCAACCCUUCCGUCGACAUCAACGACCCUAACGACUUCAAGCCCGCCGACUGGGUCGACGAGUCCCAGAUUGUCGACACCUCGGCCACCAAGCCUGACGACUGGGAUGAGACUGCCCCUGCUACGAUCGUCGACGAAUCCGCUACCAUGCCUGAGGACUGGCUCGUCAACGAGCCCAAGGUCAUCCCCGAUCCCGAGGCCGAGAAGCCCGAGGAGUGGGACGACGAGGAGGACGGCGACUGGGUUCCGGACAUGGUUCCCAACCCCGCUUGCGAGGCCGUUUCCGGAUGUGGAGAGUGGGAGCCACCCGUUAUUAGCAACCCAGCCUACAAGGGCAAGUGGUCGGCUCCUCUUAUCCCCAACCCCGAGUACAAGGGUGUCUGGGCUCCUCGAAAGAUCCCCAACCCUGGAUACUACUUGGACGAGCACCCGGCUGAUUUCACCCCUCUCGCCGGUGUUGGUUUCGAGCUUUGGACCAUGACCGAGGACAUCUUGUUCGACAACAUCUUUGUCGGUCACGAGGCCGCUGAUGCCAAGGCUUUGGCCAAGGAGACCUUCCACGUCAAGCGUGCUUUCGAAAAGGACGCCGAUGAGCUCGAUGACGAAGAGGAGGCUGAGGGCAAGCUUGGACUCCAGGAUGUCCUGAAGUUGAAGCUUAUGCAGUUCAGGAGCCUGUUCGAGCAAGAUCCUAAGCACGCAAUCACUGCUAUGCCCGAAGUUGCCGCUACCUUGGCUAUCGGUGCUUUGACCCUUCUCGGAACUCUGCUCUCGCUCUUCGGACUUAUCGGAUCGAGCAAGCCUACUAUCCAGGUCAAACAGUCUACCACCAUCAAGGCCGAUAAGAAGGGACCUGCCGCACCCGUCGAGCCCGCUACCGUCAAAGAGGCGAUCGCUCUGGACAAGGCUGGCGUCGCUACCGGCAAGGAGGUCAGGGAAGAGGCCGUCAAGAGGAACGCUGCCGGAAAGAGCGAACUCUGAGCUUCGUGUCAUCAAGAGUACGGUAGUGGCUGACGAGAAGGAGAGGCAGAAAAGGUCCAGCGAGCGUGAUAUUACGAGUCUUCUCCAGCUUUACAUCUUGUCAAGGCUCGAGGUAUGAUGUAUGAUUCCUCCAAUGCUCGCAAUUAUACAACGAAUUGUUUUCAGUCAUGCAGUCCAGGGUGCUGCUCUUCGCAAUAUCGCAAUGACACGUCACUUCAGAGUGCAACUCGGUCGAACUCGG